AUGCAUUUAUAUGGUUAUUUUGUUCUUCUCAUUAUUGUGCUAGUUUUUAUUGCAUUAUUACCUUUGUUUUCCGGUAUUGGCACGUUCAAAUUAGCUAAACCAAGUUCGUCGGCAUCAAAACCAUCUACAACUGGCAAGUACGGUAAGAGGGAAUACAUCAAAAAAAAGCUUAAUCACACCAACGUGUUAAAAUUCGAUCUAAAAGAUAGGGACGAUAGUUUAGGUGAUGACCGUGCUCAUGCGUCUUCAGCAUCUAGAAAAUUUGAAAUCGAUUCUAAAACAGGUCUAAAAAGACGUGUAAUUGGUCAAUACAACAAAGAUCCUAAUGAUUUCGAUUUCGAUAUCAAUGAUCUGAUCAAUGAGGAUGAAUUAGAGGAACGGAGGGAAGAAGAGGAAAAGCUGAAGAAGUACGAUGGUAAGAAAAAUGAAGCCUACGAAGGAUUUGUAUGA